UUUAAUCCUUUUAGCUAGCCCUAUGCCGUAGUUGUGGACUUCUCAGGAACCAGCCUCCUUGUGCCACCUUCAGCGUCGCAGUGUAUCGUUUAUCCCCCUUCGAUGGUCCUUGUAAUGGGUCCUUCUCUCAGGGGUGACCUUAUCGCUCUCAGCCUUGAAAGGACGGUGUAGCCAGCUGGGGUCAGCCUCUUCUCCCAGGCAACCAGCAACAGGACCACAGGACACAGCCUUAACCUGUGCCAUGGGAGGUUUAGGUUGGACAUCAGGAAUAAGUUAUUCACAGAAAGGAUGAUUAUGUAUUAGAAUUGUAGGUGAUGGAGUCACCAUCCUGUUUUAAGGAAAGACUGGACGUGGCACUUGGUGCCAUGGUCUAAUUGAUGGAGUCACCAUCCUGGGAGGUGUUUUAAGGAAAGACUGGACGUGGCACUUGGUGCCAUGGUCUAAUUGACUUGGCAGUGUUCGGUCAUAGGUUGAAUUCAAUUUUUUUUUUUAAAUGUAAGAAAACGAUAGUUGUAGAACAAGAUCAUGGCUUGUACUAUUAUGUAAGCAUCUUUGAAUAACACAAAGCAGUAAAAUGCACUUAUUUUGCCUCGUGUAACCAGUUUCUGGAAGUACUGUUUACAGUGGUUUUUUAUCCUGCCAUCCAAAGGGCACUGACGGUGAGGCAGCAGGAUGAAGUUGGAGUGGUGUAGUCGACUUGCCCUUUGCUCCAAGACAACCAGCCAGACGUUUCUGCUUGGAGGAGUGUUCAUUGCAUUGGGUUCAAGUCGAAUCCUCCUGAUGAAGUAUUCUGCCAAUGAAGAUAACAAGUAUGAUUACCUUCCUACAACAGUGAACAUGUGUUCUGAAGUAGUAAAACUGGUCCUAUGUGUAGUGUUGGCACUCUGGAAUAGGAAAAAAGAAAAGGGUUGUAUGGAUCAUCUCUCUGAAUGUUUUUCCUGGAAGAAUGUAUGCAAUUCCAUGAAAUGGUCAAUUCCUGCCUUUCUUUACUUUUUGGAUAACUUGAUUGUCUUCUAUGUACUGUCCUACCUCCAGCCAGCAAUGGCUGUACUCUUCUCAAAUUUUGUCAUUAUAACAACAGCUCUUCUCUUCAGGAUAGUGCUAAAGCGAAGACUCUCUUGGGUACAGUGGGCGUCUCUGGUGAUUUUAUUCCUGUCCAUCGUCGCCCUGACUCGAGGAACUGGAGGCCAUCAGCACAGCUUAGCUGCACAUGGAUUUCAUCACAGUAUGUUUUUUAGGCCAUCUAACCACUGCCUUCUCGCUACUGGACCUGAGGAAGCAUGUGCGGAAAAGGGCAACUGCGCAGCACCAAGUUUCCUUCACAGCUUCCAGUGGAAUGUGACCAGUACCAUGGCAGGAGCAUUGAAGCCUCUCCGCCUCAGCCUGGGCCAUCUGCUUAUUCUAGUGCAGUGUUUUGUGUCUGCCCUGGCUAACAUCUACAAUGAAAAGAUGCUGAAAGAUGUGGAUCAGCUUGGGGAAAGCAUCUUCACACAGAACAGCAAACUCUAUGCCUUUGGAGUGCUGUUCAAUGGGCUCAUGCUGGCACUGCAGGCUAAGGACCGGAGGCAGAUAGGGAGCUGUGGCUUCUUUUAUGGGCACAACAUCUUCUCCGUGGCUCUUAUAUUUGUCACAGCUUUCCUGGGGCUGUCUGUAGCCUUCAUCUUGAAGUUCCGAGACAACAUGUUCCACGUUAUGACUGCUCAGAUCAACACUGUCAUCAUCACCACUGUGUCUUUUGUCAUCUUUGACUUCAGGCCUUCUCUAGAGUUCUUUUUGGAAGCUCCUGUAGUGCUUCUCUCCAUAUUCAUUUAUAAUGCCAGUAAAGCAAGAGGCUUGGAAUACGCCACUCUGAGGGAAAGGGGAAAACUCAAAGGAGAUGCAUGGGAAAGAUCAAGUGGGGAUGGAGAGGAAUUUGAGAGGUUGAACAAACCAAGCAGUGACAUCGACACAGAUGAAGAUUCCCUCUAGCAUGAAGCUGUCUUGGAGGAGUGCUAUUGCUCACAGUGAGAGAGAGCUAAUCUUUUAUUAACAUGGGGAAGAGUUGUUUUUCCCACACUGACAGACUAUUUGGAACUGUUUUGGGGCUGGAUGUCAAAUGUGGAUGAGGACAAUAUUCAAGCUGUAUAUAUGGAAAGUUGUAUUCAUUUGUGCCUGUCUCCUGGUGUCUGGGGAAAUGGAAAUCUGGAAUGCAGCUGGUGAAUUUUACAUGCAGCUUACGUGGCCUAACUUUGAAAGAGCUUGAAUAAAACAAAAGUUUAUUAAACAGUAUGAAUGCAUCAUCUUUUUUGUUUGUGUGUUUAGAAGGGCUUUGUGUAGAGGCUUAGUUUGCACUGAGCCCACUGCUGAAAACAAAUAUUAUCCAGAUACAGUAAUGCCCUUCAACAUCUGAAGCACUGAGGAAGAGAGUGCAAGUGGCAAUAUCCUCUGGUGUUGUUCUACCCUGGCAGACUGAUAAGGUCUUGCAUUCAUUUUGUAGAGAGAGAAGUCAUUCUGCAGAAUGCCAGGCAUAGUGAUCUCAGAAUUUCUGUUGAGGCAUCUGCUGGGUUGUAUUUUGACUGAGAUGGAAAAUAGGUUCCAAAUUAUUCAGAGAAUUUUGAAAUAGGCAAGGGAACAGGGAUGCCGAUAAGGGAUUCCUGGUGUGUUCCAAAGCCUCUUCUCUCAGAGCAGUGGAAAAGAUGUUGGUUUAUAAUCUCCUCCCUUCAAAAAAUGUGUCUUUCAUAGUUGAAAGAUACUGUCAGAAGAAUUCUUAAGAUAAGCAAUGAAUUCAGUGUCAGAGCCUCAUACCAGAGUGUAAGUAAGCAGUAAGUGAUGCAUUUCUCUGGACUGAAGACAGUCUAGCCUUUGUUCCCCUCUGCCAUCCUGUCGAGUGUCUGUGUAUAAAGCUUAUGUGUACUGUAUUAAUGGUUUAUUGGUAUAUUAACAUACCUCCUGUCAUUUAUCCAUCAAGAGGGGCAGCCUGUUUUCAUAUGUGGCCCAUGGUUUAUAACUGUCAAGUUAUAAAUGAAUCUAAAAUUUCUAUUUUUUCUGUCUUUUUUAGAGUAUAUAUAAAGAAUGACCAUAUAAAAUUAA